GUAGAUCUAUAUUGUAUGUUAUUCAUGGAAUUAAACCACAGAAAGACGCAGACGCUCCCGCGUGUUUGGUAUCUUAACCGUUUAUUGGAGUGCACGUGUUGAUUCUCUUUACAUAAAAAUGGCAGAAAGUGAUAAAAGUAAGAAGAAAAAUAAGAAGAAGUCACUUGGGGAGAUGCAAGUGGCAAUGAAGUGUGAAGUAGAACCUUCCAAUGUGGUUGUUAAGCUUGAAUAUAAGGAUUGGCCUCUUUUGUUCAAGAAUUUUAAUAAACUGCUCACUAGAACAAAACAUUUUACUCCUUUAACCAGUGGUUCAACGCCAUUACAUCGUAAUUUAUCCGAGUAUAUAAAAUCUGGAUGCAUUAAUCUCGAUAAACCAUGCAAUCCAUCUUCACACGAAGUUGUGGCAUGGAUAAAGAGGAUUUUAAAAGUAGAAAAGACGGGUCAUUCUGGUACAUUAGAUCCUAAAGUAUCUGGUUGUUUAAUAGUAUGCAUUGAUAGAGCAACCCGGUUAGCUAAAUCGCAGCAAUCUGCUGGCAAAGAAUACGUUGCAGUUUUUAAAUUACACUCUGCUCCUGAAAGCUUACAGAAGGUGAGUCAAGCACUAGAAAAAUUGCGUGGUGCAUUAUUUCAAAGGCCGCCGCUUAUAUCUGCGGUCAAGCGUCAACUUCGCGUCAGAACAGUCUAUGACAGUUGGUUCAUUGACUAUGAUGAAGAACGAAAUAUGGGAGUAUUCAAAGUUAGUUGUGAGGCUGGUUCUUACAUUAGAACUAUCUGUGUUCACCUUGGCCUCUUCUUAGGCACUGGUUGUCAAAUGCAAGAACUCCGUAGAAACCGUUCAGGAGUACAAUCUGAAAAAGAUGGAAUGGUUACCAUGCAUGAUAUACUAGAUGCUCAGUGGUUGUAUGAAAACCAUGGGGACGAAUCGUAUUUAAGGAGAGUGAUUAAACCUCUGGAAGCUCUCCUUGUAAAUCAUAAGAGAAUUAUCGUGAAAGAUAGCGCAGUAAAUGCUAUUUGCUAUGGGGCUAAAAUUAUGCUGCCAGGUAUACUGAUGUAUGACGAUGGCAUAGAAUUGAACCAAGAAAUUGUAAUAGUGACAACUAAAGGCGAAGCUAUAGCACUUGGGAUAGCAUUAAUGACCUCCCCUACAAUGACUGCUUGUGAUCAUGGUGUAGCUGCCAAAAUAAAAAGAGUAAUCAUGGAAAGGGAUGCAUAUCCAAGAAAAUGGGGUUUGGGACCAAAAGCAUCUAUUAAAAAGCGUAUGAUUGUUGAAGGAAAGUUAGAUAAAUAUGGAAAACCAAAUGAGAAUACACCUGCUGAUUGGUUAUCCAAUUAUCAAGACUAUUCUACAACUGCAAUCAAGACUGAGGAAAAUGGAGUUACCGAUGCAACUGCAAAGAAACGCAAAUGGGAAGAAACAAUACCACAAACUGCACCAGAGGUUGCAGUAAAAGAAGAAGAAACCGUCGAAGACCCAGAAACGGUAUCACCCAAAGAAAAGAAAAAGGAAAAGAAAGAUAAGAAAAAGAAAAAGAAAAAGGAUAAGACAGAAUCCGAAGCAGAAGAAUCUUUAGUAAUGAAUCCUGAAAGUACAACAGAGGUAAGCUAGU